AGAUAAGUCCCGGAGAUAAGUCUACUAUAAGAUAAAAAAAAAACUAUUUUUGACUCUCUGUACACCGUUUAUAAAAGCAGAUUUUACAUUACCGCAAGCUUUGUCACACUCCCCCCCCCCCCACACCCAGACAUAUGUUGGGAGUUACCAUUAUGAUAGAAGGGGGAGGGGGGGGGGUGAAUAUAAUAUAGCCUAUGUAUCUAACUUUGUAUCAUCGAUAUACAAACCACAGACGCUUCUGAAAGGGUGUGAAAACAGGAUACAACGCUAAUUAUAAAAUCAACAUUAUAUCAUUAACGAGUUGAUAAUUAAUAAUCUGGAUGAUAAAUAGCCGGAUAAAUACAUACAUGUAGUACAUGUAGAGUAUUAUAUAAUCCUAUUGUUCUAUUUGUUUGUAUUGAGUUUUAAAUACAGCUGCCGGAGACGGAGAAAGGGGAUACCACUGAACAUUUCCAUUCGUACGCUCAACUGCUUCGAUUCAAUCACAUACCAAACAACCGCAUUUAUUUGUUAAAAGUAAACCGAGUACGUUAAUUAGUAAUCAAACCAAAAGCUGUCAAGUCGACCUCAAUGUUCAACCAGAGGUUACCAGUAAAGAGCUCAAUAUUCAAGUAGGGAGCAAACAUAGUGGACGGCAGAAUUUGAAUCAACGUGGCUAGUCGAUACUUAUGGAUAAUAUCAUGGUCGUCACCUUCAAUUAGUAUUUUGAAAAGAUUCGGAUCUCUACGCACGGGAUGGCCAUCACAGCAACGUCCGGAGUAAGACAAUCGCCGAGGGUCGCUAAAAAGUUAUUUUCAGACAAUACGGAUAUAUUUCACUCUAAUGUCUUCUAUAUCGACCUUCAAAAAUCGAAUAUCAGGAAACGGCUGCAAGAGAAAAUCCAAAAACGAGGUGGAAAAGUUGAUGACUUUUUACAUAAAGAUGUACAGUAUGUGAUUACUGAUGACUUUGUACCAAAUAAUAGCAAGCAGCCCGAUAAUGCUCCCAACCGCCCCGGAGCAGCGUCUACCCCCAGAGCUUUAAGUCGUGGACAGGCUUUACUCCAGAAAUCAAUCCGCAAUACAUCAUCGACUCAAACUAUACCUGAGAAAGCUAAGAAGAUGGGCAUCAAGGUUGUUAACUUAGAUUUUAUCCAACGGAAACUUAAAGAAAGGGGAGUGCUCGCUACAACGUUGGAUUACAAUAAUAAGCAACCAGACGAUACUGAGAACGUCAUCACACAUUGGAAUGGGGACCCUUAUAUCAAGUUUGAGGACACUCAAGGUCAAUAUCGACCUUUCUAUUCGUCAUUCGAGCGCUUUCCGUACAUACAACUAGAAAGUAAUGUGAACUAUGAUCGACCUAAACAUGACGCUGGAAGCCAUACUAUUCAUCUGAAGCCAAAGGUGUGCUGUACACCCCCACAAAUACAUAAGCUUGUUACCAAAAAUGGACAAAAGUCAAACGGAUUAACAUCAGUGAAAAAGUCUAGAUUGGCGAAAAAUGGCAAGAACGAACAAGCAGGCUAUUGCGAAAUGUGUGAAAUAACAUUCGACAAUUUUGAUAAACAUAUUGUUAGCGACGAUCAUAGAAACUUUGCAUAUAAUGAUACCAACUUCAAAGGACUGGAUGCUGUUAUUGCUGCACUGCCAUCUUUAGAUUCAUUCUUAAAAUCAUUAGAUACGACAGAUGACUUUCGUCAACAUGGCAACACAGAACCAACAGAUUGUGGUGAUACUUCAAGUGAUAACAAUAAUCAUAGAGGAAGAGAUGCCAGCCAUGCGCCACACCCAAUCGUGACUUCCCCAGAUGAUGACAAUGCCAACACAACUAAAGUUGAAACGUCCACCAGAACCACACUAGAUAAAGACACUCAUUCUUUGGAUAAUAACAUUGAGUCUAUAACGCCAACGGAUAAUGACAUUACAGCUGAGAUUCAAGAUACUGAUGGACAGGUUGAUUCGGAAGUUCAUCCAAGUGCUCCAAACACAAACGUAGAGAAUGCUAGUCAUAAACAAACUGAUGAACUAGACGAUGAGCUGCAUAAACUUGCAGCAUUUGCAAGUAAAACUCUAGAAGAAUCCCACGAUAACAAUGACAAUUCCAGUAGUUCUAUAGAUCUUUUUACUCCAAGUGUUCAUUGGAAUGAAUCGGACAUAUACGAUGAUUUCUCCUCCUCGGAUAAUACUAUUUCUUCGGGUGAAUCGCCGCGUGAAAACAAUAGUCCUACAUGUGAAAGUGGUAAAAUAACCUUAAGAAUAUGCAAUGGAAAAUCUUAUGUUAAUAUUGAUGUUGAAAAAAGUGGCUGUGAUGACCAUAAAAUCGGAAUGCCGCCAGUUAAGCAGGCGCCAUCUAUUGACGGUUAUAGCAGUGGUGGUAACAGUCUUAACUCCUCUGGUCCUUUUUCGGACAGUGCAACGUGUGACAGUUCAGAUGCCAGUGAUAAUUCUCCACCUUGGAACGUAGACUGCUCAAAUGGUCUUAAGAUGAAAUUUCACAAAACUAUGACUACCCCAAGACAAAGGAGGAACAAUAUAUCCCCGUUGAAAUGGUCUGUUAAGCAACUUGGAACUUGUAAACUGACAUUCUCUGCGUCAAAAUGUAACAGCAGAAAGCGCCAUCUAUCGACUAGCUCCGAGGAUAUAUCUACUGAUUUUAGAAAUGAUUUUAGUCCCCAUAAGCGUUUGAAGUCAUAAUUUGUUUAAUACAUUUUACACUCGGUACUUGUUUUAUGGUAUUGUUAUUUUAAGAAUAAAAGUUUAUUUUAAUAACUUAUUUCUUGUUAUUCAAAAUCGAAUAUUUAUAUGAUUCAUCAGUCAUCAAACAAUUGUAGUCGCCAUAUAUUGAUAUAAUUGUGAGUUUAGGGAGGCAUCAAAAGUUGAAUGUCUGUUUAAAAACUUAACUAAUUGAGUUUGACUCCACCCCCUUAAAACUUAAUUCUUAAAAUGUUGAAAAUCGGAAAUGGGUCCCUAUCUACCAGCAAAUAAUUUUUAUCAUAUGAUAUUCAUCACUUUUGUCAUGAAAUCAUAUAACUUCAAAAUCAACAUUUGAUUUUGGUAUAAUACAAAACCAGAUAGUCUACAUAACAUAUUACACUUAACUUUAAGACAUUUUGAAAUGUAAAAACUUUAUUAUUCUAUCAUCAACACACCAACAUCAACAAAUCGUACAAAACAUGAAUACGUUACACGAUACGU